GACAUCCAGAAAAGGCUUCUAGCUACUGUCUCAGGAGAGGGAAGGUUUUGGGGGACCAGCUGGGGUCUCCAGUAGACAGACCACAGUGCAGGCUGAGGGAGGUACUUCUUGGCACAAGGCCUUGGGUAGGCAGGAGGCGAAGUCCUCGCAGAAGUGGGGGAAGGCUAGAGGAAGUGGCUGGGCCUGAACUGGCACUGUGCCCGACCCGAGGGCUUGUGCAUCCCCCCAGCACUCAGCUUUGCCUUCGGAAGCCGCACCUCACGGGCAGGGACCCUCCUCCUCGUCCAGCUCUUCUGUUCCCGGAGCCCCGAUUACCCUUGGCCUGGGAGCCAGAGCCAGUGUGUGAGGCUGGGAGUGGGACCCGCGCGGGCUUAGAGUUCGCAGUUCCUGGCCAUUGGGUGCAUUUCCCCGUAUCCACCUAUGUAGGGGGCGGCUCUGAACGGUGACUGUGUCCUUCCGUCUUUGGAUUGUUGGGGAGGGGUCUGCCUGCCCUUCCAGACUGACUGCAGACAGUCGGAGAUUUCCUGAGGUCCUCCAGGGUUCUCUGGCGGGGAGCCCUUCCUGGCCCCUGUAACCUAGACGAUUUGUUUACAGAAAGUUCAGGAGCCCUGGAAAGGAGAAGGAAUAAGACGGCAGGAGGAAGAGAGAGAGAGGGUAGAAUGGAAGAAUCUCACUUCAAUUCUAACCCGUACUUCUGGCCUUCUAUCCCCACAGUCUCAGGACAGAUCGAGAACACAAUGUUCAUCAACAAGAUGAAGGAUCAGCUGCUGCCCGAGAAGGGCUGUGGGCUGGCCCCACCGCACUACCCCACCUUGCUGACGGUGCCUGCCUCAGUGUCCCUGCCCUCGGGCAUCAGUAUGGACACGGAGUCCAAGCCAGACCAGCUCACCCCUCACAGCCAGGCGUCCGUCACCCAGAACAUCACUGUGGUCCCCGUGCCGUCGACAGGACUGAUGACUGCUGGAGUCUCCUGUUCUCAGAGGUGGAGAAGAGAAGGGAGUCAAUCAAGGGGUCCGGGUUUGGUCAUCACGUCCCCCUCGGGCUCUCUGGUGACCACAGCCUCCUCAGCUCAGACCUUCCCCAUUUCGGCUCCCAUGAUUGUCUCCACUCUCCCCCCUGGCUCACAAGCCCUGCAGGUGGUCCCUGACCUCUCCAAGAAGGUCGCAUCCACCCUGACAGAGGAGGGUGGUGGAGGAGGUGGUGGAGGUGGCAGUGUGGCCCCUAAGCCCCCCCGGGGCAGGAAGAAGAAGCGGAUGCUGGAAUCGGGGCUGCCUGAAAUGAAUGACCCCUAUGUCCUCUCCCCUGAGGAUGACGAGGACCAUCAGAAAGACGGCAAGACCUACAGGAGCGAAGGGAACUGCGGCACAGGAAAUGGACAGAGCCUUGGGCUCAUGGAUUCAGUUCCCGGCUCCACCACGACCCUGUGUGACCCUGGGUGCCGGAUGUGCUCUCUGACAUUCUACUCAAAGUCGGAGAUGCAGAUCCACUCCAAGUCGCACACCGAGACCAAGCCCCACAAGUGCCCGCACUGCUCCAAGACCUUCGCCAACAGCUCCUACCUGGCCCAGCACAUCCGUAUCCACUCAGGGGCCAAGCCCUACAGUUGUAACUUCUGUGAGAAGGCCUUCCGCCAGCUCUCCCACCUCCAGCAGCACACCCGGAUCCACUCCAAGAUGCACACGGAGACCAUCAAGCCCCACAAGUGCCCGCACUGCUCCAAGACCUUCGCCAACACCUCCUACCUGGCCCAGCACCUCCGUAUCCACUCGGGGGCCAAGCCCUACAGCUGCUCCUACUGCCAGAAGGCCUUCCGCCAGCUCUCCCACCUCCAGCAGCACACACGAAUCCACACUGGUGACAGACCGUACAAAUGUGCACACCCCGGCUGUGAGAAGGCCUUCACACAACUCUCUAACCUGCAGUCCCACAGAAGGCAGCAUAACAAAGAUAAACCCUUUAAGUGCCACAAUUGUCAUCGGGCGUACACAGACGCAGCCUCGCUAGAGGUGCACCUGUCCACACACACGGUGAAGCAUGCCAAGGUGUACACCUGCACCAUCUGCAGUCGGGCGUACACGUCGAUCCAUGGUGACUUCUAAAGCCCACUCCUGCCUGAGUAUCACUCCAGUAAUGAGCACUGACGGUGCUACCCGAGUGCUGCUUGCACCUGGCCCGG